CCCCAUACUCCCGCUGGAUCCCCACUCUCCCCCACGGCACCGGUGGUGACCGGACGACGCUCCCCUCGUUCCUCCGCCUCAGCCCCACCCCCUGUACGGAGGUCUCGGGUGCGCGAAGUGCUCGUUGCCCGGACGAUGCUAGCCUCGGAAUCAACACUCACUGGGCGUCUUCUGGAGGACUUCAGAGAGUCUUUUGGGAGGUACCACGCUCUCCGGGAUGUUGCUCUUCAAAUCUACCCCGGUGCCCUC